AUGUUCCACAGACACAUGCGGACGAUUCUGUCCUGCUCCGUUCUCCUGAGCCGGAUGGUUUGGGUAGAAGGCCGUCCGCCGUUCACCAAGCUCGGGUUGGUUCACCCUUCCACCCCCCCCCCCCCUUGUUCCUGGGAACAGAAGCUUAUUAAACCUUUCGAUGUAGGGAGAUAACGUUCAUGGUCAGUAUACCACUGGUGCCGGAAUGCAGCGUGAGUUUCAUGACUUUUGUUAUCCCUUAUUUUUGCCCCCUUUGAGAAUUAACUCCGGACUUUUAUACUAAGACCCUUCAAGCUCUAGCUGCGACAGCUGCGCAGGCGUAUUACGGUAUGCAUUGCAUUUCGCUGGAUUACCCUCGUGCAUUUCCUGAUGUUUCACUAGGUAUCGGCGCAUAUUAUCCCAGCCCCAACCAGGCGCCCGGAGCUACUCCGGUAUAUUACUACGGCGCUCCCCAGGCUCCCCAGCAAGACAUGGCCCAGGCGGCGCCUCUCAACGAGAACAAGAAGCGUGCCUUCGAGGGAAUGGAUCAGUUCUUUGAUGACGCUAAGCGGCACAAACUCCAGCCGGUUUACGAUGGAGCCAUGGCGCAGAGGCUCUCUGCAUUGCAAUUCGUUCCGACCACUAGUGGAGAGGGUGUCGACUUCAACGGGCACCAUGCACCCACCGUGACUGCGUCACCGUCGGGCCAGACCCAAUAUACCCUCCCGUCGCUCCGGACAAAGCAGGACCUAAUUGACGCUGACAACUUUCUCACCCAACUGUCCGCUAAUGUUUAUGAGAGCCCUGCUGCGGCCGCAGCAGCUGGUGUUCCGGCCGCUGGGGCGCAUUUCCCUCCACAGUAUCGCCCUAACCAGCCUCCCUCCCCGCACGGUACUCCAACCACUCAACCGCAACAGCAGAGUCCUGGCCACACUCCUGUCGCGCACGAUACUACCUCGGCCACCGCACCGGCCAUACCCGCUACGUCUAACUCGACCGGCACUCCCGCUUUGACCCCGCCCAGUCAGCAGCACUCCACGCCUCCUACCGUCUCACCCCCGACUUCUGCCUCCAUGUACCCAACUCUCCCGGCUGCGGUUACCAGUAGUGAGAUGCCUGCCGGAUACCCCGCCCCCGUUUCCACUGCACCCGCCACUUCCCUCGGGCCAACUUUCGAGUCUGACCAGCGCAGGAGGAUUAGCGUCGGUGUAUUACAGAAGGCCUCGAGACCUUCAGAGGAUGCCGACGUUGACAUGGGAGCCGAUGAGAUCUUUGGCAACUUGAAGAAGAACGAGAUCAGCAAUAACCUCAUCGACCCCGAGCUUGGAGCGUUGUCUGGGGAGACGAUGCAGCAGCAGCAGCAGCAGCAAGAGGAGGGCUCCCCAGCACUAGCCGAGAAAGAUAAAAUCGUCUCCUGGGAGAGGAACGUUGGUGUCAUCAAUAGCCUUCACGACUACGUUAAGGAGCUACUGAGGGGGGAAGACGAGAAGGAAAAACGUGGUGAGGGGGAGGAUCACAUCAUGACGGACCAUGAUGGCGGUGUCGACGGAUCAAACGUGGACCAGCAGCCACAAGAAGGGAAUGAAAACGACGAGCGCGCCAAGGAGGAACAAACGGACGCUCAGGCACUCUACCCGGUCCUGAGAGCUGUCGCCGUAGCUUAAUACCUUUUUUUUGUUCCUUCCUUUUCGGACGAUCCACAGCAGCAAGGUCACAGAGUCAUGACAGCUGUAUCGGAAAGGGUGGAGGGGGUUGGGUGGAGGAGAAGAAGGGUGCUACUAGUCAGGUUUCGGUUUUCAUUUCAUUUCAUCUCUUUCACGUUUCUUCUCCUGUUUUCAACCUCUCCCCUUUUCUCAUUUACUAUUACGAUGGCUGGGAAUUUCUCUUCACUUCUCCUUUGCUUUGUUCAGUUGAGUUACUUUUUCUUGAACCUCCCCCACCUCAUUCUUCCAACUGCUUUACCUCUGGAUGAAUGGGUUGGAAUUUCUGCGCAGGCCGGCCGUCUGUUCCAUUGCGAAGAAAUGAAAGACAAAAAAACAGGCAGGAUUUUCAGUAAACUACAUACAAUCUUCGUCGUGAAUGUCUUUUCCUUGUUUGCUCACCUGCUCUUUCUGUUUCUUAGACAGAAAACUACGAAAAAAACACCUUUUUUUCUACUUCUUCCUCUUUAUGCUACAAAAUGAAAUAUUGUCUUAUCCCUCUUGCUCCCCCUCUCUCCCUCCGCCCUUGUGUUCCCGGCUCCCUGGCCGUGAUGCUGUGGUUUCGUAUCCUUUUUACCCCCUUCUGCUCUUCUCCCUAGUUAUCUUGUCUGUUAGUCACGGGUUAUUACUUUCUUGUGACCUUUUUUCAUUUUUUUCCAUUUUCUUCAGCUUACUGCGUGUUGUGUUGUUAAAUGAACGGUUGUCUUGUGCCGUCCACUGGUACCGUGCUGUACCGGUACUCUGCCUGGAAUUUUUAUUAUGGGUGGGUGGGUUUAAUCGGAUGGUUGUGGCGGCAUUCUAGUGUCGUGUUGUAUCGUAUCGUAUCGUGUCGUAUCGGAGGGUGGUAGAGUGGUAUGGCACCACGAUGAAUUGGGGAAGGGGGGUAGGUAGGUAGAUGAGUAAAAGUCAGCAAUUCAUUCAG